AUGGCACACAAGUUUUGUUUUGAAGCUCCUGAUAAAUGCUUAAAAGAUAUUCUAAAGUUUAGUAACCUAUUGGCUACCAAUCUUCCAUCUGGAGGAAAAGUUGUUGUGCUUGGUGAAGACUUUAGGCAGAUCCUUCCUGUUAUUCCAGGUGGAUCUAGCAAAAAGAUUGUUUUUGCUACCAUUAACUCUUCGUACACAUGGGAUAAUUGUCAAUUUCUUACACUAAUAAGAAACAUGAGACUUAUGGCAACAAAUAAUAUGGCAUCCAAUAGUGAUAUUCAAGAUUUUGUUGACUGGAUAAUCUCAAUUAGUGAUGAGACUUUUGCUGGAGUUAAUGAAGGAUCUGUGAAUAUUAAAAUCCCAGCUAAUUUGUUAUUAGAUGGUUCAGAUAAUCUAAUAAAGUCUACUGUUGAUUCAACUUUUAUGAAUUUCCUUAACAAUGUCAAUAAUUCUUUAUAUUUUAGAUAUUGGGCUAUCUUAGCCCUUACAUUGACUGUGGUUGAAGAAAUAAACAAGUAUAUGUUAUCCAUGAUCCUUGGAGAGGAAGUUGUAUACUUGAGUUUUGAUAAUGUUGUAAAAGAUGAUAGGGACAUGAUUCACUUGAUGACUUACACUUUUCAGAUUUUCUAA